ACUUCAUGGCUUUUGAAUUAAAAAUUAAGAAUUAUGCUGCUGAACUUGCACUUCAAUUCCGUCUCUCCCGAUUAUUUUAAAUUAAUCUCCAAAAUACAUGGAUUUUAAUUUCAAAUAUUCUGGACCUUAUACAAUACUGAUUUUUUUUUAAUUUUAUUAUUAUUGCGCCUUUACUUUUCACUUGUUCAUUACACUUCCUUUUGUUUUGUUGGUUGCACUAAUCUUCCUCUUUCAGCCUUCUCCGUACUUCCUAAUUCCCCUCGCUCAUAUACAUCUUCCUGAAUCAGCAUUUUUAGCGCGACUCAAGAAUCGAGCGAGUUCACAUAUCACUUUCAGUCAUUGUCGCAUUUUUCAUUACUUUAUCACACGUCUUCCUGGCAACGGAGUCAGACGCGUCCCUUCAGAAUUUUUGAUUCAAACGUUCUUUCUCCGAGUUUCCGUCUAAUUUCAAUCCUCACUCAUGAUGCGCAUCUACGUACUACGGUCCGAGAGCUUCAGGAUUUGCCGCCUCGACUCCCAAUGCUACCGGACGGGGCAGCGGCUGGAAUCAUACAUCAACUUCGCGGCGGCGGGACAAAGUUUCUUCUUGACGGACUAUUUUCGAGCGCACCUCCGCAGCCUUCUACGAGACGCACAGGUCUUUUCUACUUCCAACCCGACUGCUCUCGAGUCCCUGUUGGACGAGACCCGAGAGGUGGUAGUCGCUCACCUGGCACGCAUCUCCUACUCCGCUCAGCUCCUUCUGACUCUGUUUGACACACUCGUAUCUGUCCUUGACGCGGGCCAACCCAACAUCGGCCGCAACCUCGCCCGUCAAUUCCUCGCCAGGCUCCAGACAUUCUGCGAAUUGUUGAGUCCGUACCUUGCCUUCCUCCAGGCCGAAUUGGACACAGCUCAAGCGGCAUUGCCUCCCGAUGUCCAGUUUUCCCCCCCCUCAUCGGAGGAUGAAUGGGAGCCCGACGAAUACGUGGCCACACUGCCCCUCUCGCCUCCGUCCUCCGAUCUCGAGGACUGGUGAAAUGUGUCCUGCUGUCCUGCCGUUCCGCCGUCCAGCCGCCGCUCCGCCGCCACAUCCCACCAUCAGACGUGACGCCGUUGUCCUUCGGCCGAAGACUAAACCAACGUGUAGGACACUCAGUGCGUCGAUUUAUCCCUUUUUGAUUUUUUGUUAAUUUGCAUUCUCUGUAUUUAACUUUAGUUCGGUGCUCUUAUUUCCUUCCUUAUUUUUGGUAAUUUAGUCUCCUUUUAUUACCCUGACGUCUCUCGCUCUCCAGUAUUUAAAUUUUGCUCGAAGUCCCUAAUUUUUUUUCUCUCUCUCCGUCUAUUUGACCAUCGCUAUUUUUUUAUUCCCUUUGUUAUUUUUUUUUUUACUUUGCAUUUUAUUUUUACAUGGUCAACAUUCCUUUUUAUCUAAUUUUUUUUUAUUUUUAUUUAUUUCUUUAAUUUUUUCCGAAUUUAUUUUGUACUCAGGGCUGGACACCCUGUCGCACACCUCUUCCUUCCCGUCAAUGGAAUUUUUCCGUGUUCCCCUUUUUCUCGAAUUACGUUCUUUUCCGCUAUUCCUGUUUCGGUUGUGGUGCGGGCUCCAACCCCUUUUAUAUUCCGGCUAACACACCCCAAAACCCUUUCGAUCCAUAUGUUCGUUUUGGACUGAGGUCCUCUCGCUUUGUGCAAGGGCUCGUAAACGAGCGCGGCUGACCACCGCUGUGGGCUUCCUCCACCCACGACUUUGCUCCCCUUGGCACAAUUACGAGGGUCCGCCAGUCCAGUCGGAUAUCAAAAAUUUUGCUUAUACAAAAAAAAAAUUUUUUUUUUCCACAACACUAUUUACACAUUCGUCCCAAACAAAAUAAAACUAAAAUUUUAAAUUCCCCAAAUAAGCCGGGGGGAGGGGGUGGGUACCUCACCCCAACUAAUCGGUUGAAGCAAUUAAAAUCUUUCCCAUCUCAAAUAAAUAUUCCAAAAUUAAUAACAUUGCGGAAAAUUCCAUUACGGCGAUUCGUAAAUUCAGUAUUCUUAAUCAUAAUUAAGUAAGAGGAUAAUAUUCAUUUACAAAUAUUAAAUAACUUAUUUAUUCGAGCAAGGCAACAUUUUUCAAUAUUAACAAGUCCUAAAAGUAACUUCUUAUUUUUUUAUUUGUUUUUGUUCUUUCCCUAAAUUCGAGAGGGGGAGAUGUCAGGAUUUGAAUUAGUGCGCUCCCCAGUAAAUUAGUGAUAAAUUACUCCCACUCACCGGGAGCGCACAAUAAGCAAAAAUGAGCACCUAGUAUGUGAUGAGUGACGGCGGCGUCACUCAUCACCACGGGACGAACCCACGCGGACGUUCUCAAGUAUCACCUCCGUUAAAGGUAUUUAUGUAAUAACUGUCUUUGGAUAUUUAAUAAUAACAAUGUCUUCCCUGGGUAUCACAUUUGUUUAAUUGACUAUUCCCAUAGGAUCUAGCACCGUCAGGGCGUAACCCUGACAACUGACAACUGUAUUUUUUCGCAAAUCCCCGGCACACCUGACACUUGUCGUAAUUAAAAAAUUCCUUUUCGUGCCGAGCAUCAAU